AGAGAGAAGAGGGAAAAAAGAAAGGAAGAAAGAUAGGAAGAUAGGAAAGAAGAUAGAAAGGAAGAUAGGAAGGAAGGAAGGUAAGAAAGAAGGAAGGAGAGGAAUCGUUGAUAGGAGAAGAAGAAUUUGCGAACAAUGUUACUCCGACGUGAAAGGAAACGUCAAAGGAAUGGACCCUCGUGGUUGUUGAUCGUAGCUUCGGUCCUUCUUACGAGUCGAGUCAUCGAAGAAUGUAAUGCGACGGGACAACGUUAUAACACGCCUAGUCCUACGCAGGAGUUGGAUAAUACAUUGCAAAGCGUACCACCGACUGGGCCUAACGUGUGCAGAUCAAGGUUCAAGAAUUAUUGUUGUCCAGGAUGGACGAAGAAACCGGAAACGGGACUCUGCGUUAUUCCUGUAUGUACAAGGAGAUGUGGUACGGGAAGAUGCAUAAGACCAAACAUUUGUCUCUGUGAGGGUGGUACCGUGGCAUCUACUUGUGGUACGAUAACAACGAAAUUAACGACUCAUGAAAGUAACAGUAACGUUGAUCGUGGAGAAUCAGGUAGAUGUAGAGUGCAAUGUAUCAAUGGUAAUUGCGUCGAUGGGAGAUGUCAAUGUCGAAAUGGAUAUCAGGGAGAGUUUUGUAACGAGCCCAUAUGUCGAGAACCUUGUUUGAAUCAAGGUAGAUGUAUUGGUCCGGAUCGUUGCGCAUGCAUCUAUGGAUACACCGGAAGACGUUGCGAAACAGAUUACAGAACUGGUCCUUGUUAUACGAAAGUAAAGAAUGGUCAAUGCUUGGCGAAUCUACAGGGUGUCGUUUGUACGAGACAGUUGUGUUGCGCCACCGUUGGUAAAGGCUGGGGUCAUCCUUGCGAAAGAUGUCCCAUGAGACUCGAUUGCGAGUUGGGUUAUUUAAAGACCAGUCAAGGUCAAUGCGUAGAUAUCAAUGAAUGCGAGGCAAUUCCGGGAUUAUGCGAAGGUGGAAAGUGUGUUAAUACUCAAGGAUCGUUCACUUGCGAUUGUCCCGAAGGACAAGCUAGAGAUCCCGAAACGAACGAGUGCAAGGAUCGAGACGAGUGUCAAGAGGAAGGAAUAUGUGCUGAUGGCCGAUGUGUGAACACUAAUGGUGGCUAUUAUUGCCUUUGUAAUCCUGGAUUUAUACAGAGUCAAGAUCGUAGAUUUUGUAUUGAUGGAAGACAAGGGCUUUGUUAUACCGCAGUUAAUAGAAAUGGUCAAUGCAAAAAUAGAUUAACUAUGAGACUGAGCAAAAAGGAUUGUUGCUGUGGCAAGAAUAUGGGUAAAGGAUGGGGAGACGAAUGUUUCAUUUGUCCUAAUACUGGAAGUGAAGAUUACAAAAGGCUUUGCGCUCAACAACCGCAACAAUUCACGAUAAUAAAUGAGUGUGCCUUGAGACCUGAAAUAUGCGGUAAAGGCAAAUGCGUCGAUACGAAGGAAGGUUACGAAUGCGAAUGUUAUCCUGGAUUUACGAAGAAGAAUGGUCGUUGUGAGGACAUUGAUGAGUGUCAAUUAGGAUACUGUCAAGGUGGUACUUGUCGAAAUUAUGAAGGAAGUUUUAUUUGUCAAUGUCCACCGGGAUUCACUGUCUCAGGGGAGGGCAAAUAUUGUACGGAUCACGAUGAAUGCCAAGAUACUGGAAUGUGCAAUAAUGGCCAUUGCAUCAAUAUGAAUGGUUCCUUCAGAUGCAAGUGCAACGAUGGCUACACGUUAUCGCCAACCAAAAAUACGUGUAUAGAUAUCAACGAGUGUACCGAGAAUCCACGAAUAUGUUUGAAUGGUCGUUGCGAGAAUACACCAGGAUCUUAUCACUGUAUUUGUCAGUCAGGAUUUACACCUUCAAGAGACAACACAUUUUGCGUUGAUAUGGACGAGUGUUCCACCAGUGGAAUGUGCGAAAAUGGAAAGUGCGUUAACAUGGAGGGUUCCUUCAAAUGCGUCUGUGAUUCUGGCUUUCGUAUUGGACCUGAUCAAAGUCAUUGUAUAGACAUCGACGAAUGUUUAAGUGCACCCUGCCAAAGUGGUCGCUGCAUCAAUACUCUUGGAAGUUUUCGAUGCGAGUGUCAUCCAGGAUUUAAUUUGGGACCCGAUGGUAGAUCCUGUUUAGAUACAAGAAGAGACCUUUGUUACUCGCAAUACAGAGAUGGUCUAUGUUCUAAUCCAACCUCAACGGCAGUGACUAAGUCGAGUUGCUGUUGUUGUACUAUAAUACUGGGACAACCUAUGGGUUGGGGUAGCACCUGUCAACCUUGCCCUUUACCCGGUACAUCAGAGUUUGAUGCUCUAUGUCCUCAUGGUGCUGGGAUGACAUACAACGGCGAUGACAUAAACGAGUGUGCUCAAAAUCCAAACAUUUGUAUAAAUGGCGGUUGUGAAAAUUUGAUGGGUACUUAUCGUUGUAUUUGCGACAAUGGUUAUGAAGUCGAUGCGACGGGAAAAAUUUGUAGCGAUAUAAAUGAAUGCGAACUGGAGGAAUCCUUGUGUAGUGGUGGCCAAUGUCGGAACACACCUGGUGGCUAUCAGUGCAUCUGUCCGACUGGCACAAGAUUGAAAACGGAGAAUCAAAUGUGCGAGGACAUCGACGAGUGCGAGGAAUUAGGCCCAGACGUUUGUUUCAAUGGAAUAUGUGUGAACGUUCCUGAAUCAUACGAAUGCGAAUGUUCUCCAGGCUAUAUACUUGACAAUACUGGACAUAUUUGCAUGGACAAUAGAAAGGGAUCCUGCUGGACGAAAAUGGUAGAUGGUAGAUGCGAGAACAAUUUACCUAGAGUUGCUCUAAGAUCAGAAUGUUGUUGCUCCGUUGGAGUUGCUUGGGGAAGUCCUUGUGAAGUUUGCGACCAUUCUCUUUGCGAAUGUUCCAAAGGAUACGCCAAAGUUGAUGGUAAAUCUUGUGUCGAUGUUAACGAGUGCGAACUUAAUGCUGGUAUAUGUAGAGGAGGUGGUACGUGUGUUAACACUGACGGAUCAUAUCGUUGCGAGUGUCCACCUGGUUUGACUUUGGAUCCGACUCAUACUACUUGCGUCGACACCAGAGAAGAAACUUGUUACUUGGAAUAUCGUCAUGGUCAAUGUUCAACGGCAAUCGAAGGACACUUCUCCAAGAAUCUUUGUUGUUGUUCCGUUGGUCGUGCUUGGGGUAGUGAAAAAUGUGAAGCCUGUCCAAAAAUAGGAACACACGCUCAUUCGGAAUUAUGUCCUAGAGGAAAUGGAUUUACCGAACGUCAAGAUAUUAACGAAUGCGUUGAAUUUCCUGGCAUGUGUGUCAAUGGUAGAUGUAAGAAUACCGUCGGUAGUUACAGUUGCAGGUGCAAUCAAGGAUUUGCUUUGGACGAACAUGGCAUCAAAUGUAACGAUAUCGAUGAGUGUGAGAUUAUGCACGGUGUAUGCGGCAAUGGUACAUGUCGAAAUACACCUGGUAAUUUCCAAUGCGACUGUAACUCUGGUUAUCGUAGUAGUGACAUUAUGAAAAUUUGUAUGGACAUAAACGAAUGCGAGGAGAGUCAAGGCUUAUGCAGAGGUGGUACCUGUGUGAAUACCGAAGGUGGAUUCAAAUGUCAGUGUCCACCAGGACACGAGUUGAGUCCUGAUAAAGAUUCUUGCAAGGAUAUCGAUGAGUGUUCUAGAACAAGUGGUAUAUGUUCUAAUGGGAUCUGUGAGAACAUGAUGGGAACUUAUCAAUGUAUAUGCGACGAUGGUUAUCAACAAACUGGACACAAAUCUCAUUGCGAGGAUAUAAAUGAAUGUCUCGUGAACAAUGGUGGUUGCGAAGAUAUUUGUAUAAAUACACCUGGCAGUUUCUCCUGUUCGUGCGGUACGGGCUACGCGCUAAACUUGGACAGUCGUUCUUGUUCCGAUGUGGACGAGUGUAAAGAAAAUCCACGAAUCUGUAACGGAGGGAAGUGCUCGAAUAUACCGGGUGGAUACAUUUGUACUUGCACGGAAGGAUUAUUACCUGGAAGGGAUGGCGCGUCUUGUGUCGAUAUCGACGAAUGCGUAACGCAACCACAAAUCUGCGGUUUUGGAGAGUGUCAUAAUACGAUUGGAUCUUUCGAGUGUCGUUGCGAGGAAGGUUACUCUGUUAAGCCGGAUGCAGGAUCAGCGUGUACUGACGAUGACGAAUGUUUAUUAAAUGCUUAUACCUGCAGUGAAUUUGCCGAAUGUCAAAAUACUCAGGGUUCUUACGAAUGUACUUGUCACGAAGGUUUCACUGGAAAUGGUAUCGAGUGUAGGGAUAUUAAUGAAUGUCUUACCAAUAACGGUGGAUGUGAUUCUAAUGCUCAAUGCAUUAAUACCGAGGGUUCCUUCAAGUGCGUCUGCGAUGCUGGUUUCAGGGGCGACGGUUAUACAUGUAAGGACAUCGAUGAGUGCGCAAACGAUAAUACUCUUUGCGAGAAUGGUCAUUGUUUGAAUUAUCCUGGUUCGUUUCGUUGCGAAUGUGAAAUGGGCUUUAUGCAUCCAGACGAGAACAACGAGCAAGCUUGCGUUGACAUAAACGAAUGCGACAUGUUCAGUAAUCUUUGUGUCUUCGGUCGAUGUGAAAAUAUUUUUGGUAUGUUUCGUUGCGAAUGUAACGAGGGAUACAAGCUGGAUGGUUCUGGUGGUAAUUGCACGGAUAUCGAUGAAUGCGAGAGCCCACAGUCUUGUCAAUAUGGAACAUGUAUAAAUACUCAAGGAAAAUAUAUAUGUCAAUGUCCGCCUCAUUACGAAUUGGUCGAUGCUGGAAACGCUUGCGUCGACAGGCGCGACGGUUUCUGUUAUGCCGGUUUCGAGCAUGGUACUGGCAGACCACAAUGUGUUUUCGAGAUGUCAACGUCAGUAACAAAGGCAACGUGUUGUUGUAGCAUUGGUACCGCUUGGGGUAAUCGUUGCGAAGAAUGUCCCAAGCCAGGGACGAAAGAAUUCGAAGAACUCUGUCCUGGUGGUAUGGGCUAUAGGCCAAACCGUGUCACUGUCAUAUUGGAAGACAUUAACGAGUGCGAGGAACAUGAGAAUAUAUGUCAGAAUGGUCAUUGCACUAAUACCUUUGGCAGUUUUAUGUGUUCUUGCAACGAGGGUUUCGUUCUGGACGACAUGAAAACAAGCUGCGUCGAUAUAAACGAGUGCGCGUUACAUCCGUACAUAUGUAGCGUGGGUCGUUGCAUCAACGACCAGGGCAAGUAUCACUGCGAGUGUCCCGAAGGCUAUAUAACCAUGCCAGGAGGAAAGGAAUGCGUCGACACAAGGAAAGAAUCCUGUUAUGUUAGCUAUGAAUCUGGAGAAUGUUUCAAUCCUAUGGCUCAACCACAGACGAAAAUGUUAUGUUGCUGUUCAAUGGGAGCAGCCUGGGGUAGUCCAUGCGAAAGAUGUCCAGCCGAGAGGACACGUGAGCAUGAAAUUUUAUGUGGAUUGGUACCAGGCCAAAUUAUGAAUCCAAUAACUAAUCACACUGAGGAAAUCGACGAGUGUGCUCUUAUGCCAACUAUGUGUACUCAUGGUCGUUGUUUGAACACGCCUGGCAGUUUCGAGUGUCAAUGCGAACAAGGAUAUGUUUAUGAUCAGGAUUCGCAUCAGUGUAUCGAUGAAAAUGAAUGCUUGCAAAUACCAAAUCCUUGUAGCGGUAAUGCUCAGUGCAUCAACCAACAAGGAUAUUUCGAGUGUGUUUGUCCUGCGGGAUAUAAAUUAGGUAUCAGUCGACGAGAUUGCAUCGACAUCGAUGAAUGUUUCGAGCGUUCUGGUAUUUGCAAUAACGCAGCUUGCAACAAUCUACAGGGUAGCUUCCAAUGCAUUUGCCAUUCUGGUUUUGCUUUGACUCACGAUCGAGAAAAUUGCGUUGACAUCGACGAAUGUCAACGAAAUCCAAAUAUUUGUAAUAAUGGGACCUGCAUAAAUAUUCUUGGUUCUUAUAAAUGUCAAUGUUACGAUGGCUUCAAGUUGAGCCCAAACAACGAUUGCGCUGAUAUCGAUGAAUGUAGGAUAAUGCCUUUCCUUUGUCGCAAUGGUAGAUGUCGUAACACUGUUGGUACUUUCAUUUGCGAAUGUGCCGAUGGUUAUAUAUUGGCUCAAGAUAGACAACAUUGUCGAGACGUCGACGAAUGUCACGAGAUACCCGGAUUGUGUCCAUAUCCAGGAAAAUGUCAGAAUUUAAUGGGAUCUUACAUGUGUACUUGUCCACCCGGUUACGAAUUGAACAGCGAAAGAAGAAGAUGCGUUGACAUAGACGAGUGUCUAGAGACAAUAGGUAUCUGUGAAAACGGUCAAUGUAUUAACACGGACGGCGGUGUUAUCUGUGAAUGUCCAGUUGGCUUUCAAUUGAGUGACAAACCUAAUUCGAUGAGAUGCAUUGACGUUAGGGAGGAACAAUGUUAUGAUAGUUAUAGACGUGGCCAAUGCUCUUUCCCUCGGAAAGGUGGAAUGACGAAGAAACAUUGUUGUUGUACCAUGGGUAAAGCUUGGGGGAAAUAUUGCGAGCAAUGUCCACCAGAGAAUAGUGAGGAUUUUAGAAGAUUGUGCCCAGAAGGAGUAGGUAGGGAUGACACUGGUAUUGAUCUGAACGAAUGUCUUUUUAUGCCGGAUGCAUGUUCCGGUGGCGAAUGUAUAAAUACCGAUGGAUCCUUCCGAUGCGAGUGUCCAUCUGGUUAUGUUUUGGACGAAACUGGAAGACGUUGCAUUGACAAUAAUGAAUGUUUAACAGUUCAGAAUAUUUGUGGCAAUGGUACCUGUACCAAUAUAGAUGGUGGCUUCGAAUGUUCCUGUAACGAAGGUUUCACACCAGGUGUCAAUCAGAUCUGUGAGGAUGUUAACGAGUGCCUUGAAUUAGGUAAUCAAUGUGCCUUUAGAUGUCAUAAUGCACCUGGAUCGUUCAGAUGUAUCUGUCCGUACGGAUAUACUUUGGCUCCUGAUGGAAGACAUUGUAUUGAUGUCGACGAGUGUGCCACACCAGCGAACAAUUGCAAAUACCAAUGUAAAAAUCUUAUCGGUACGUUCAUGUGCAUUUGUCCACCUGGAUAUCAACAAAUUGGUAUGGUCGAUGAAUGUAAGGACAUUAACGAGUGCGCUAUUAAUUCUGGAUUAUGUAGACAUGGACGUUGCGUCAAUUUAGAAGGAAGUUAUCAAUGUUAUUGUUACGAUGGUUUUGAACAAAGUGCCGAUGGAAAAUCAUGUAUCGAUCGUAGAGUCGGUUAUUGUUUCCUACAAACGAUCGGUGGUAGAUGUACAGGAAGGACCUCAGAAUUACGUACAGUGACUAAAGCGGAUUGUUGUUGCACGAUGGGUGCUGCAUGGGGUCCACAUUGUGAAAUAUGUCCUUCGAGAGACUCAGAAGAUUACAACGAAUUAUGUUUGGACAAGGGUUUCUCUAUAAAUGGCCAAGAUAUCGAUGAAUGUAAGACGAUACCGGAUUUAUGUAGAAACGGAAUAUGCAUUAACACGUUGGGUUCCUACAGAUGUAUUUGCAACAAGGGAUAUAAGUCUGAUAAAUCGGGGGCACAUUGCAUAGACGUGAACGAGUGCGAAUUAACUCCCAAACCUUGCAAAUAUAAUUGUCAAAACACUGAAGGAAGCUUUAUAUGUUCCUGUCCUGUUGGUUUCAUAUUAAAUCCCGAUGGGAUCAGUUGUCGGGACAUGGACGAAUGUGCUACAGGAAAUCAUCUUUGUCAACAAAAUUGUGUAAACACUCAAGGAAGCUACACCUGCGGUUGUCGCGAAGGAUAUACUCAAGAUGGAGAUGCUUGUCACGAUAUUGAUGAGUGUGAACAACCCGGGACUUGUCCGAAACCGGGUACGUGCGUCAAUACGCUUGGCAGUUUCCGAUGUAUCUGUCCCAGAGGAUUUAAGCUUGAUCAGUCUGGAAGAUUUUGUACCGAUAAUAACGAAUGUGCCGACGAUAGUAAUUGCGAGCAUGGCUGUCAAAACUUUAUGGGAAGUUAUCGUUGCGGUUGUCCGGAAGGAUUUGUUCAACAUCUUUAUUACAGUCAGUGCAUAGACGAAAACGAAUGUAGCAAUUCACCGUGCGGUGAAAAUACUUGUAUUAACACUAUUGGAAGUUACAAGUGUGGUUGCCCUGACGGUUAUCAAUUUGAUAAUAAUUUACAGAUUUGCGUUCAAGUCAGCGCAGGUUGUUUGGGAUCUCCUUGUGCUUUUGGAUGCACACCUAAUGGAGCUAACGGUUUUAUUUGCGGUUGUCCUACCGGUUAUCAAAGAAUAGGACAAGGUCAUUGUUUGUCUACGAUUAAUCCGUUAUCUCAAUCCAAUUAUGGAGAAGAAAUUGGUAAUGUACCAACUUAUGUGAUCAAUCCGGAUCCUUAUCAUAUUCCACCGGCUGACGACAAAACUAUUUCUACGGAAGGAUGUUUCUCUUGCAAGAUAAACGGUAAAGGAAGACGUAGAAGAGGCGCCCGAAUCAGAUCGGUUGACGAAGAGUUACAACAAAAACGAGACGAAUUAAUCAAGAUACGGAUAACUCGAAAAGCAAGAAGACAUCAUCAUGGCGAGGAAUACGUUAUGAAGAUAAGUUUGCGCCAGACGAAGCAUAGAAUGAGAAUCAUUAAGUUGCAACCUGCUAUAAAGGAUGAAGAAAUGGAAUAUACGAUCGUUCGUGGUAAUAAACAUGAAUAUUUUGAAAUUGCAAAGGAUCAUGGAAUUUGGGCACUUCAUUUUCGUAGUCGUUUGAAGAAACCUGGAGAAUUCCGUGUAGUUAUACACGGUCGUCCAAGAAACGGUAUAACAGCGGAAAAUGAAAUUUGGGAGAAACCAUUGACAUUUAGAAUUCAUCUUAUAGUAACCGAAUGAAAUAGAUCAAAUUAUUUACUGACCGAUGAAUCCAGAAACAAACGAUGCAACCAUUAACGUUCUCUUCACAAUGAAACAGUAUAUUUAAAUAACUCGUGUUGAGGACGUUGAUCGAUUAACAUUAUGAUGAUUUUAGGAUUAGGUUUUAAGAAUCAACGAUAUAAUUUAAUAAUUUUAUCUCUUUUUACUCGGUGGGCACGAGGGAGAACGGCGAAGAGGGGAUAAGAGGGUAAAGGGCACACAUCGUAUCACAAAUUUGAUCACAAUUUUAAACGAUACAAUUGAUGCUAUUAAUUAACACUGCCAAUAAUUUAACUGAUCAUACUCUCCAAUGUGUUCAAAAAAAAAAAAACCAAAAAAAAACAAAAAAAAAAAAAAAAAAAAAAAAAGAGACAAAAAAAGAAAAAAAGAAACAAAAAGAAAAAAAGAAAGAAAAAGAAAAGUGAAAAGAUCGAAAGAAAAAAAAUUGGUAAUUUCGUGACUUCAACGUUUUUCUACGAUAGUUAUUACCAAAGUUGACACAGAUCGUCACUGCCAAUCGACAUCUUUCUAUGAGUUCUUAUUGACAAUAAUACUUACUGCCCGUUAUAAUGAAAAAUUCUUAAUGAUAGUAGUAACAAUCGAUUAGAGUUGUACAAACAUUGAAGUCUUAUCCUAAUUGUAAGUAAAACAAUAAUUGUACACAAAAAACAGAUUUUAGCUUAUAUAUAAAUAUAAUUUAUGAAAUUGUAGCAUUAAUGUAACACGAAUGUAGGAUAUAAUUUAGAAUGAUACGUAAAAGAUAAAAAAAAAAGAGAGACUUGAUUUUCGUAUGAAUCAAGCUUCGAAUGAAUCAGUCUCUUAUUUCAUUCAUUAUGUGCCUUUAUAAUGAUUUAAAAAGAAUUAUACACACACAUACACACAUAUACACAUACACACACACACACAUAUAUAUAUAUAUACACACACACACAUAUAUAUACAUACAUAUAUAUAUACAUAUAUAUAUAUAUAUAUACAAAAAAAAGAUAUAUACUUAUGGAAUAGCAAUCAUAAAAAAAGAAAAAAAUGUAUCAUGUCUAAUUUUCGUGCCUACGUAUUACCGAAUAAUUUUAUAAUAGAAUUUAAGACAAUUUCGUAAGAGUGCAGAGCGCUAUAAUUACACGCAUUGACUAUGUGAAUAGAAGAAAAAAAGAAAAAAAAAAAAAAAAAAAACCAAGUCAAUUUUGUAUAGCCGAUCAAUGUUUCCUCUUCGAUGAUGAACUUCGAUGGCAGUAAAAAAGAAAAAAAAAAAAAAAAAGAAAGAAAGGAAGAAGAAGAAAAAGAAACAAAGAAAAAAGAAAAACAACUAUAAAUUAAUCUUUGGUUAGCAAACCAAAUUUAUAGGACAUAUCAUGGACGUAAACCUUACCAGGAUAAAGAAUACAAGAAGGAAAAUUAUCUAUAUUAAUAGCGUUAGGAUAAUUUUGUGGGGAUAGAACGAAAGCUCCGUGUCGGCGAUACGGGACACCUUCUUUACCAUAAAUCGUCGAAUUUGUUUGAUUCUAAAACGAACAUAAGAUAUGAUUGAUUAUCAUUCGUUAAAAUUUCUAAUCGUUUAAAUCAAUAACUUCAAGGAUCUUGUCAUACCCUGUCAUCACAAAAUUUUGAAAUAUAAUCCUCCCAAUCUGAUGGAUAAACGAGAUUAGGAUCGGGCAAAUCGUUUCCGGUAUAAAAUUGUAACCCAGGAUGAUUCGAAUAAAUUUCUAAAGUCCUUCCUGAUUCAGGAUGUAUGAUCCUUCGAUAGGAAAGAAGAAAACAAAAUUUAUAAUGAUUAAUCGUAUCGAUCGUGAUAAUAAUAUCGGAUAAAAAUUUACCUAGCAUGGAAUCGAUAACACCAAGAGCUUGGACUGCAAAUACAUAGAUUAUGAUUGUAACCUCCUCCUGGUACGCGAUAAAGUGUUUCUUUGGUUAAUUGUGUCGGUAAACGUAAAUCGUAGACGGUAUUCUCGACAGAACGAAUAGCACCUGUCGGCAAAUAGUUUUUUAUAUCCAUGAACGUCCAACUAUCGGCAUUUAUCGUUACAACGUGCUUUUUUAAUUCUUUAGGACCGGCAGCCUAAUUAAAUCGAAAUAUUAACAAUUAUAAAUAUAUACUAUAUUAUCUUAGAUGGCAUUCAUUUAUAAUCUUACAUGGCCGGCCAAAUUUAACAAAGAAUAAUUGGUGAUAUUAGCUGGUGUUGGCUCAGUAGCAGUGGCACGAAUAUUUAUAUGCAAUUGAUUAUCGUCCGUCCAAGUAUAUUUAACUUGUGUCAACAUAUAACCGGGAUAACCUUCUCUACCCGCAGGACUUAGAUGAGACAUGACCUGUUUUUUAUUUUUUUUUUUUUUUAUUUUUUUUUUUUUUUUACCAUUAGAAAGAUUCGAACGAACGGAAUGAUAAAAAAAAAAGAAAUAACCAAUUGGUUGUAUUUAUGAUCUACCACUUGUUUGUUCAAUAUAUAUGAAUUCCAAUUAACGUUAUCAAACCCAACUAAUCCACCAUGGAUAUGAUCCCUUUUACACUUGUCAUUGAUCGACAACGAAUAGAUUGUCUUCUGAAUACACAUUUUACCAUCGGCAACGCGAUUCACUAAACGACCGAUGAUACUUCCUGUAUACCUGUUCUCCAAAUAUCCUGAUUACGUUGUCAUUGAAAGUAAAAAUAUAUUGUAUCGAUUUCUAAAUCUAAUCAGACGCGAAGAAACGAUCUUACCGUUCAUAUUAUCAAAUCCUAAUACAACGUCACCUAAUACGCCUUUCUUGUUAGGUACUUUGAUAGAUUGUAUUCCCGCUCCCCAGGAUAUCAAUCGAACCGUUGCCUUCUGUUUAUUCGUCAUGGUAUAUCUGUUGGGUGGUGAAAAAUUUGUUUGAACAAAACGUUGGAUACUUUUUAUUAUUAUUACUAUUUUUUUUCUUUUCUUUUUUUUUCAUUAUUAAUAAUACAAAAAAUUCAAAAGAAGAAAGGAAUACCUUCUAACUAUCUCGUAAGAUCUUCCAUAUUCUUUAAUAUCUGGCCUUGGUACAAAACCAAAGCCAUCCUCUUGGAUGGAAAUAUUUUCGGCGGCCAUUUUACUAGGUUAGGUAGCUUGAUAAAUUUCUUCAAUAGCAUAUCUUCGAGUAAAAAAUUGAAUUUAAAAUAAAUAUUAUUUAGCAUUGGCACGAUUAACGUUUGAAGAUUUGAAUUUCCAUGUACUUUGUUCUACCGUUAAAACGAUUAAUUUAAAAAGAUUGAAAAGUCAUAAGAGAGACGACGAUUAACGGACAGAAAAUUUCAUGCGACUCAUUUCACUCGGCAAAAAGAGCGAAAUCGAGGGGGCAUGAAAUCGACUGUCUAGCGACAGAGAAAAAUCCCAUUUAUAUUAAAAGCUAGGCUCGUUCUCUUGGAAAGUAAUUAAAUCGUGUCGCAUACGCGCGUAAACGAGUUUCACGGGAGAGCGACUCGAUAAUAUCCGUCGUGCUUUUUACAUUUUCGAGGCACUUUAAUCACCGACCGCGCAAGAAUCGAAUCGAAUCAAAUCAAUGGAGAGAAAAAGAGAAAGAGAAAGAGAAAGAGAAUGAGAGAAAAAGGGGGAUAUAUAUGCGUGUGUAUAUAUAUAUAUAUAUAUAUAGGGUGUUCCAGGUAUCUGAUAAUUUUAUAGUAAACAAAUAAUUCCGAAAUAAAAAAUAUAUUUAUAAUUUUAUCUAUUCUUUCAAAAAAUUAAUUUACUUUUUCUUUUUCGAAAACAAAAUAUAGUGCAACAAAAUUUCUCCUACCUUUUGUUCUACGAAUUGUUGAAUUAUUAUGGGGUACACCCUACUUAUAUAUAUGUAUAUAUAUAUACUUUCAAUUAUAUAUAUAUAUAUAUAUAUAAAAUUUCAAUUAUCGAAUUUCCACGACUAUCGACGUUUCAGUCGAUCAUUUCAAAAAAAAAAAAAGAAAAAAAAAAAAGAAAAAAAAAAGGAAGAAAAUUACAAAAGAAAAGAAAGAAAGAAAAAAUGGCUGAGUCUCCUUUAAUGGCCGUAAUAGUGUUUCGAAUCGUAAGUCUCGAUUACAUGGAAAUAUUUCGAGGCUUCGGAAACACUCGGUAGAAAUAAUCACAUUAAUGGCAUCGCCGGCUAAAAAGACAGUGGAUACAUUGCGAUUCAAGUCUGUCUCGUGGUUCUACAACGUUCGUGAGCACCCUCGAUGAAUGCUACGAAAGUGUGCUUCCCCUCUUCCCCCGUUCUACACCCCCUCCACAAUCCCCUUAUCCUUCCAGCCCACGUUCAACAUCACACUGUCUCUUUCUCUCUUUCUAUUUCUUUUUCUCUUUCUCUUUCUCUUUCUCUGUCUCUGUCUCUUUCUCUUUCUCUUUCUCUUUCUUCUCUUCAGCUCAACGAAGCAUAAUGUUCCACCUACGCGAUGGCUAAGGUAUAACAGUAGAGAUCUCAACGUUGUCGUACUUACUCGCCUACCAACUCUACUCUCAUGUUUUCUUCGCGACAAUACAUAAUACCAUUCUGUCGCGGUAACGGCGACAAUGAACGCGCACGUUCUCCUAGAAAAUAAUUAUCUUAAUGUCGACGAGCCAACAACGACGAAUGGAAACGACGACUAUGACGACGGGGCCUUCUUGGAGAACUCACGAAUUCGUCCUCGCUCGUUUUGAACAAUACCUCGACGAAUGUCACACGCCUUGUGUUCCUUCUUCUGAGUCCCUCCCCCUUUUCAACGUAGGGAAUACUAUGCGACAUCCUAAACCCUCCCCCCCUCCCAUCAUACAUUCACUACCCCACAACCCCAUCGUAAUUUCUUGACACAGAAAGAAGAUGAAUGAUUAUUUGAAUAUACUUAUAUCACGUUUUGUUAUAUACGAACAAAAAGAUAAGUAAGAAUAUAAAAAGACAAGGUAUGAAUAUCUAAUGAUUAUUUGUGAAAUAAAUUUCAAUCGAUAAUAUCCUCAGAUAAUAAUUAUUAUUUAAACGUAUAUACAGUACGAGAGUUUUUGGCGAUAAUGAUUUUAGUAUUGAAAAAAAAAAAAAAAAAAAAAAAAAAAAAAAAAAAAAAAAAAUAUACAAAAAAAAAAAGAAAAAGAAAAAGAAAAACUUAUUGGAAAAUUUUAUUUAAACAAUUCAUCCAUAGAUGGUACACAAUCGGUUUUACUUUUUACACAAGAUAUCAUUGCUGAGUUCCGCUAGAUGUCGUAUAAAGUAUUCCUUGUCCUAAUACUGGGCUCACUCGACGGUGAGGUUGCGAACAGGAAGGAUGGUUUAUUGACUUUGUCAUGUGUAUUUUAUUAUUCGAUAUUGUUCAUACUACAUUGUAGAUAAUUCAUUAUUAUCAAUAAAAAUGAAACAUUAA